GUUUUUUUAUACGAUGUGUGGGGUUUUGGUUAACAUUAUUUGUGCUUCAUUGAAGUAAAAUUUUAGUAUUUUAUUUUCAAACUGGAUAACGCAGUGGUUGGUAGGUACCUCAGUUUUCAAGAUCAUGAAUUUGUUAACUGCGUUGUUGCUGAUAUCAAGCAAUUCGUGAAUCGCAGUCGCAAGAAUAGAAGUGUGCUGGUAUUUCCUCCAGUAAACAACUACAGACGAUUCCUUAUACACAAAGUAUCAGAGGAGUAUCCUGAAGAACUGUGCACAUUUUCUAUAGGGCAAGGCCAUGGGCGGAGGACAGUAGUGUGUUUUAAGAGACUCCUUAUAAGGGAUUUACAUCAGACAAGGCCAACAGAUGAACCUGUAAGUGAUACUUCACAGCCGGUCAAAAGACUUGGAACUAUGGGUGUAGAGUGUCAACGUGUGGCCGAUGAAGCUGCCGCUGCCCCUGCCAAAGAUAACAAUGUGAAACGAGCAAGGGCAGUGCCAACAGUUGGUAUCUAUCGGCCUCCUGCUGCCAGACGAUCAGAAGAACAGACUGCUCCUUUACCAAGAUCGGGUCCAUCAACUGUUGAGAUAAAAUGUGAUAGAACAAGGCCUGGCAGACAGCGUCGACCAGACAUCCAAGUUUAUGUGCCUCGUGCCAGACGUUUGUUAACUGGUGGACAAGACAGGAUUGCCACAUCAACAACAAGCACGCCAUCUUGCCAGGAAUCAAGUGGCCAAAACCUCAGAACGCAAGAGAAUUUGCUUUCUAAGAAUUUGACACGACCAUCACAGAAGUCAAACAGUCUCUUGCCCUCUAAGGACCAUAAGUCCAAAUCAGCAGCAUUUCAGUGCGAUAGUUUACCACUGAAUUCAGUGUCACUUGGGCCAGACCCCAAUGAAACGGAUAUGGAAGUAUCGAAGUGGACUGAGAGUAUGGGACAGGCAGGAGAAUCAAACUGCGACUUGAGCAAUUUUAGUUCCGAGGUGAACGAUGUCGAACAGUUUAAUAUGGGUGUUAAUGGGGUGAUGACGCAGCAGAUACUUGCUGAGAAAGCUUCUAGGAAGAAAGAUGUAAGAAAAAUGGAAAAUUUUGAGGUGGGGAUGGAAGAAGUUGGUGUAGGAAGGGGGAUCAUGAGUGCAAAGUGUAAAAGUUUGACGUUUGGGCGGAGGAAGCGUAGUGAAGGGCAGGUUUGGGAUUGUUUUAAUAAUAUUAAAAAUGGUAGUAGUAUUUCAGAGACUGCAUCACUUCAUUGUGGAAAAGAUAAGUGUGAUUCUGUACAGUCUAGCAACGCCCGUCAGGAGUCGGUGGCUCGCUCUGUUAACGAAAAGGAAGAAUGUGACACUACACAGUCAGUUUGCGAAGAUUCAAGACCAGUGGACUUCACAGAUAAUUUUCCAUGUGAAGUUGGCGUUGGGCGAGGUUUUACGCGUAGGGGUGGCGAUACUCCCGGACACGGCAGCCUGAACAGUCCGUUGGAAACUGAUAACGGCGUUCGAGUAUGGGAUUAUUACAGUGAAAAUGAAAAUGCAGCAAACAGUUCUCAGGACAAAAUUUCAAGCUGUGAAACGGAUAUUCCCGAGUCUUCCGAACGUAGCGGCACGUGUCAUGAUCACGAUUUUGUGAACAAGUGUUUGGACAUGUCAUUGAAUCAGGAAGAGUCAGAUUCAAUGGCGAAGAGUUCUGAUGACAGUGACCAAUUUCAAGAUUUUUCAGAUGCUGUUCAUGAAAAUGAAUUCAGUAACUCUCGUGACGAAGAGGUUCGCAAUAUUUAUGGCGAUACAAGUUCUCCGAGCUCGGUAGUUCGCGAGAAACGUGAUGGUAGCUCUGAAGACGGCGUACGUAGCAAAAAUACUUUUGUUAGCGAUGAAUGUCACAAGAAGAAUGAGAAUGAUUGUCGAGUUCAAGAAGAACAGAACAGGAAAAACAGGAGGAUAAUCAGGAGGAACUAUAUGUCGGACGUGUUGAUCAUCUCGGAACCGGUGAAGGACGUUACUCCGCUGUCAAAACAUGUUGAUUCUAGUUCGGAUAAUACUUUGUUGCCUAGCGGCGUCUUUAAUAAAAAGAAGAAAGUUCAAUGCAAAGGUGAAAAUGUUAUAAUGAAAAAUGACGGGCCACAUUCUGAAGAACAGUCAGCUGACAAGCACAAAUCAUCUCCAGUGUCCGAUUUGGUGUCGUUGAAUUUGAAUCCAGAUGAAUGCACAUGGGAUAUGAUGUUUGAUGACGAUGGGGAAUGCCUUGAUCCAAAAUUGAUGGAAGAACUUACAAAAUCUGUUGGGUCAGUAACAAUUGAAAAGCCUCAGUCAGAUUACCGCAGCUUUCAGAGUCACGUCGAGUUAGUGGGUGGAACGGACGACGAGUUCUCUCACGUGCUUGAGAUCUACAACUUCCCUGCUGAAUUUAAAACGAAUGACUUGUGCGCUGUGUUCUCUCCCUAUAUGAAGAGGGGUUUCGAGAUUAAAUGGGUUGACGAUACGCAUGCCCUGGGUGUGUUCAGCAGCUCUGUAGUUGCUGCUGAAGUACUAGCGGCACAUCAUCCGUUUGUCAAAACACGACCAUUACACGAAGCGACUCACGAGUCUCGGAUGAAAGCCCGUCGAUCGGCCGAGUUCCUGCAGCCGUGCCGUGUCCGACCAGAGACGUGCGCAGCUCUUGCGCGCAGACUGGUUACAGGAGCUCUCGGUGUGCGACUUAACACGUCGCGCGAAGAGCGAGAGGCAGAACGUAAGAUCCUCAGUGAAGCAAGAGAGAAGAAGAAGUUGGCAGCAAGACAAAGGGAUGAAGCGUGGGAAGGGACAUUGGGUGAGAAGUGAGCGUUGUGAACGACUAUUACACGUCUCCUUGAAAACUACGCAGUACGGUAGGUAACGCAGCAAUUCCGUACAUGUUGCGUACUUAAUUUACAUAUUUACUACAGAAUAUUUUUAUUAAUGUGAAAUAACAUGAAAAAGUCAAAAUACUUCAUGUUUUUUCUUUAAGUUUUAAUUUGUUUUAAAUUGUAGUUUGGAAGAAUAAUUCAGUGAUGUUGUGGUAUAACAAUUUUCACUUGCUGUUUGCUCGUUGAAAUUGUUCUUGUCCAGCUCGAUAUUUUAGCCGCUGGGAACCGGAUCAUUAUUUGAUGGAUUCGGUUAAUUUAUGUUGGCGGUAGAUAAAAGUUACCAUUGAUUUUAUGAGGUAUAAUUAAUGUGUUUGUGAUUUUUCAUUUGUUUUAGUAGAAGAAAGAGUAACUGUGAUAACUACAUGUGUAUAAAUUAAUAAAUAGGAAGUUUUAAUUCAGACAUGUUUGCAGAUAAGAAGCCCACAGAAGGUGCAAUAGUUAAAAAAAAUUUGAUUGAAUAUAUGCAAUAUGCAAACCUUGAAACGGUUCCACUGCUUACGUAUUCUUGAGCAUAUGGGACUUUUGAGUUCAGAAAUUUUAAAUCUCGUAUCUCAUCCUUUCUCGUAUCUGUACAGUGUAAAUAAACUUGAGAAGCUUUGAAGGCAUUAUUCGCUAUGCGUCCACAAAACUUUUUAAAAGAGCAUUAAUGCUCAUAAAUAUUAUUUUCCUAACUACUUUUUAAAAUUUAUAUAUAUAUAUUUCUCCAGUACAGAUUCAAUUAUCUGGUGUUCCAGAACAAAAGAUUAAUUAUUGUAACGCCCAAAGCGUGCAGCUCGUUCCGUGUUUGAGUCGCCUGUUAAUAAGGAAGUACCACUUAUUGUUCUACUAUACAUCACAAGUGAGCAGUUUCGAGGGAAUUAAAUUAUGCUUCCUUUUGAGGCAAACUGUGACUAGACUGGAAUAGGACGCGCCUAAAAAGAAAAUCUUCCACAGGAACUUCCUGGAAUCUGCCUCUUCCUAAAUGACUGUCAUCGUAAUUAUUCAUGUUUCAUAAAUUUUAUAGAUAUGAUAAAGCUUAUCAGCCCAGACCUGAUUAUGAGCUAAAGAAAGAUAAUGAAAGGAAGGAAAUAAUCUGUGCCCCAGCAUCUCAUUUUUGCAUAAAAUCCACCAUCAGGUGACGUACAUGGUUUGGAAAGAAUUGUGCUAAUUUUUAAUUUAAUUUGUGCGCUUUAGAAUUUGAGGUUGAAACCGUUUUGAGUUUUAGAAUAUGUUGACUGUAAAGAAAGUUUGAACGCUUUAUUUUAGGGUAUAAUUAUUUAGUACUGAUUGGUUAGUACUAAAUCAUUAACAUUUUAAUGAAUCUGAAUUAAUUUUCCCAUGUUGUAAUUUUGAAAUGUGUCUCUGUAUGUCGGUGAUGUAAUGGGGUGUGAGGUUCGAAGCUAAAGUGC